CACGCGCCGGCCAAGCGUCUCGAGUCAAUUCAAUUGUGUACAGUCUGCGACGGACUGCGUUGAAGAUUGGACGUCGCGAUGGCGAAGAUUACUUUAUUCGUAGUUUUGUCAGCGUUAUACAUUAUAAAGGCUCGCGCUUAUACAGUACCACCUGCUAAACUAGAGGCAAUUUAUCCUAAAGGACUCAAAGUUUCAGUCCCAGAUGAUGGCUUUUCACUGUUCGCCUUCCACGGGAACCUGAACCAAGAAAUGGAAGGGUUAGAAGCAGGCCAAUGGGCACGUGAUAUCACUAAGCCCAAGAAUGGAACAUGGAUCUUCAGAGAUCGUAAUGCAGAACUAAAAAUCGGAGACAAGAUUUACUUCUGGACUUAUGUGAUCAAAAACGGCCUGGGUUACAGACAGGAUAACGGAGAAUGGACUGUGACUGAAUUUGUCACUGAUGAUGGGAGUUCGUCGCCAGCACCACCUCCAAGACCUGGACCUGGACCUGGUCCUGGUCCUAUUCCUGCUCCUACCCCUGGGCCAAGUCGUCCGAAAUGUGACAUUUCUGAAACUGUUGUGCAAGGCCUUAGAGAAGUCUGUCAAGGAGCACUUCUCUUUUCCGAAGAUUUUAACCAACAAAAUAUUAAAGAAUUAAUCAAUUGGGAUCCAGAGGUCAUGUUCCCUCAAGAACCGGACUAUCCGUUUAACGCUUAUGUAAGUGACAAUACUUUAAGUUUAGAGCACGGAAGCUUAAAUAUUAAACCCGUACUUACCGAAUCGCAGUUUCAUGAAGGAUUCUUGAACGAAAACUGGGAUUUGACUAACACAUGCACGGGAAAAGUAAGCACAAAGGAAUGCUCUCAAACAGCUUCAGGGGCUCAAAUUCUACCCCCAGUUAUAACUGGAAAGAUCAACACUCGAAACCACUUCAACUUCAAAUUUGGUAAAAUCGAAAUUCGCGCCAAAUUACCCGCCGGUAGCUGGUUAAUACCAGAACUGAACCUGGAGCCACGUGAUAACGUGUAUGGGAAUCAACGCUAUGAAUCUGGUCUUAUUAGAGUCGCAUAUGCCAAGGGCAAUCCAGCAUUUGCCAAGAAGUUAAGCGCUGGACCAAUUUUAUCAGACACCGAGCCUUACAGAACGUUUCUUUUAAAGGAAGCCCUUGGUAUUAACAGCUGGAACAAAGACUUUCAUACUUAUACUUUAAUCUGGAAACCAAAUGGUAUCGAACUUUUUGUGGAUGGUAAAAAAUAUGGCGAAGUGAAUCCAGGGGAAGGUUUCUACUCUAGUGGUAGAGACCAUGCUGUACCACAUGCAUCUAUUUGGCUUAAAGGGACCGUAAUGGCACCUCUCGAUCAAUUGUUCUACAUAUCACUUGGCGUGCGUGUUGGGGGUAUACACGACUUCCCCGACAGUCCUGACAAACCCUGGAAGAAUCGUAACAGCAAAGCACUCUUUAAGUUCUGGGAGAGUAAAGAUUCCUGGUUCCCAACUUGGUUCUCGCCUGAAAUGAUGGUGGACUCCGUCAAAGUUUUUGCUUUGUAAUUUGUAAAUAUAAUAGACUUUAAUUAU